AUGUCGGUUCUGGCUACCUCAAUCCCUAACACCACUAUCACUCGUCAUGGUACAACGAUUCGGAGUGUCCAUUCUUAUCUUCGUGCUACUGUGCCGGAACAAAUCGAGGGAAAAUUCCAAGCCAAGGAAACCGCUCCGUACCUCUACCUGGGUAGAGCCGCUGAAUAUUUCAGUCUCGCGAUGUACUUGAUAUCUAACAACCUGAGUGGCAACGGUUCUACGAAGUUGAUCGAAUAUCUUCAAAAUCAGAGAGACAGACCACUUCUUCAAUCUCUACUGUCCAUAAAGACAGUCACUAUGAAAGCAUUCGUGGAAAAUCUAUUCGCAGCCGCUGUAAAAGCUGAAGAUACAGGCAUUGUUGAGAUCCUUCUCAGGGCUGGUGCAGACCCGAGCGUAUGGGCCGAAUACGGUACACCACUUUACCACGUUAUAACGAAAGGAAAUCGGGAGCUGGCCCGAGUCCUUCUGGACGCCGGUGCAGAUGUCAAUGCCCCAGCAGCAAAGUGUGGAACGACUGCGCUACAAGCAGCAGCUGAGAAAGGCGACAUGGAGCUGGUCCAGGUCCUUCUGGCCGCCGCCCAGAAUGGCGACAUGGAGCUGGUCCAGGUCCUUCUGGCCGCUGGUGCAGAUGUCAAUGCCCCAGCAGCAGAGUAUUUAGGAAGGACCGCGCUAGAGGUAGCAGCUGAGAAUGACGACAUCGAGCUGGUUCAUGUCCUUCUGGUCGCUGGUGCAGAUGUUAAUGACGCAGUAUCAGAGAGUGGGGGAUGGACUGCGCUACAGAGAGCAGCUGAGAAAGGUAACCUGGGGUUAAUCCAGGUCCUUCUGGACGUCGGUGCAGAUGUCAAUGCCCCAGCAGCAAAGUGUGGAAUGACUGCGCUACAAGCAGCAGCUGGGAAUGGCGACAUGGAGGUGGUCCAGGUCCUUCUGGCCGCCGGUGCAGAUGUCAAUGCCCCGGCAUCAGAGCGAGGAGGAAGGACUGCUCUACAGGCAGCAGCUGAGGAAGGCUACAUGGAACUGGUCCAGGUACUUCUGGCUGCCGGUGCAGAUGUCAAUGCCCCGGCAUCAGAACGAGGAGGAAGGACUGCGCUACAGACAGCAGCUGAGAGAGGCGACCUAGAGCUGGUCCAGGUCCUUCUGGCUGCCGGUGCAGAUGUUAAUGCACCACCUGCCCCGUAUGCUGGAGUGACUGGACUUCAGACGGCAGCUAUUGGAGGCUAUGUUGGCAUUGCCAUAAUACUUCUAAAUGCGGGCGCUGAUGUACUUCUGGCUGCCGGUGCAGAUGUCAAUGCCCCGGCAUCAGAACGAGGAGGAAGGACUGCGCUACAGACAGCAGCUGAGAGAGGCGACCUAGAGCUGGUCCAGGUCCUUCUGGCUGCCGGUGCAGAUGUUAAUGCACCACCUGCCCCGUAUGCUGGAGUGACUGGACUUCAGACGGCAGCUAUUGGAGGCUAUGUUGGCAUUGCCAUAAUACUUCUAAAUGCGGGCGCUGAUGUAAAUGCAGAGGCAGCAUUGGAUGAGGGAAGAACAGCCCUAGAGGGGGCUGCAGAGCAUGGGCGCAUAGACAUGGUAAAAUUGCUUCUAAACGCUGGCGUCAACCUCAGAGGAUGUGGAAGUGGUCAAUACCGCAGAGCACUAGAACUGGCGUCAAAAUAUGGCCAUCAUUCCGUUGAGGACCUUAUUCAGACACACUAUGAAGGUGCAGGUAACAGAUAG